CUCUGAUACAACGUUCCUUAUUUAAAGGGCUCAGCUGAAGGAUCUAGAGACUAUACAGCUGUGUUUCUAAAACUAGCAACAAGACAAAAGAGCAUAUCGAUUACACAGCUGUAAUGGUUGCUUUCCCGUACUAGAGGAAACACAGACUUGAACUCUGUUUUGAACCGUUGAAGCUCUGUCCUGAUGUUGACUCCUUUGACUCUCUUUAAUGGGCUUUUGAGAUAUCUGAAGUUGUGGCUGGGCUGGACUUAUCUGGGCCACGCUAAUAGUUAAGACUGGGCUUUACUGUCAGGACUUUUAUAUCUCCGUUGACUCGGAAGGAUGCUAGUAGCCCACGACGCAUCCUUCAAUUGAUUGGAAUGUGGUCGUAUUGGUUAGGUUAUUCAAAAUAACAUAAUAAAAAUCUCUGAUUUUUGUUGGGCUUAGAAUCCUUAUAAGACACGCCAUAACAUAUAUAUACUGAAGUCUUCAUAUCUUAACAUGUAUGGUUGAUGGGGAGUUGAAUGUGAUACAGAUCUGUUGUUAUCCCGAAAUUGAUACACGAAGUAACGAAGAACUGAUUAGAAAAUUGAGGAAGAAAUCAUGAGGAGUGAUUUUGUUAUACCAGCUGUAAAACUGCAAGGAAUGAUAGGGACGAUUUUGUUUUGAGUAAUAUAAUUAUGACAAUGGUUAAAGAUUAUGUUUAUAAACACAAGCUGAGAUAUGGGUUGACCGACCACAAUGUAUAGUUCAUAUUUGUAUUUGUGAUUUAUACUUAAAGUAACUAAGUACUUACUAAGUUAACGAAGCCGAACAAAAUUCAAAUAUAAAUGUAAGUUUGGUAGUCUUUAACUAAACUUCAAUUAUACAUUUAUACAUAAGCCAUGUUUCAUCAAGUUUACUUCUAGUUUUCUUUAUAAACUUCAUAACGUUGCAACCUAAUAAUCAAAAUUAGGUUGGAACACUCGUCCGUAGCAAUACGAAUGCAGUCGUUGAGAUUGAAAUCAAAGUGAUUUCAUUUCAAUUAGAUGGUUUAACAAUAUAAUGUUUUGAUCCGGUUUGAUUCGAUCAUUUGAUAUGCUCUUAGCGAACCAAACAAACCUGCUCAAGUGGAGAAGGAAAAGAUAAGGUUGCCGGUUGCAUGUUAUCCCCUAAACUCAAAUCUCAAUGUUUUGUAAUCUUUCAACAUCUUUCCUCUUCGCAUGCCCACCUUUCUCCCCUUUCUACUCUUUCUUAGAUCUUGUUGAAGUUUUAUUAAUUAAACAAUGUUUUGAAGUUAAAAUAAUUUUCUUAGGGUUAAAACAAAUAAUAUUAUUGAACAGCUGUGUGUUACCGCGUUUCUUAAUUACAUAUAAAUAAAGUUCCAUAAAAUAAUUUCUUUGUUGAAUCUCAAGACAAUUAGAUUAUUUAUUUCUCUGAAGAAGUUCAUUUUAAGAAGAGCAAAUCUCGAAUAUUUAUAUACGUGUGCAUGUGCAUCUUGUUCCUUUCUCUAUACAAUACAAUACCGCAUUCGGAAUGUUUCUGUAUAUGUUUUGCUUCAUUAUGUUAGUUCAAUGCAUAUAUAUAGACAAACAUAAAAUGUGGUAUUACACGGAUUGUUAUUUCGAAACCCAUAAUAUAAUAGAUUUGACAAAGACAAUAAAAUAUUUAAUUAUGAUGUCAUGGAAGUGUAGUUCAUUGGAGAAUUCAAAGCGAGCCAUGCAAAUCUCAAUGUCAAUAUGAACCAAGAAAAUCAAGACCAUAUUCAUCUCCUCUUGAUUCACUUCCUUUUUAUUUACAGCACCUCUUUCUUCUUUUUAUUCUCUAUAUAAACUCUUCAAGUCCUGUUCUCCUUCAUCACAAGUCUUUCAGUUGCUCUCCUUCUCUCUCUUUUCCAUCACCCACAAGGGUUUUUUUUUUCUGGUACCCAAAAUCUCAACCUUAAAUAACAAAAAAAAGUCUCAAAAUAGAAACCCUAAUUAUCAUGGCAGAAUUCAAGAGAAAGUUCAACAAAGGUCAUGCCUUCACAAGCAAAUGUGUUUCCUUGGUGAAGGAACAACGGGCUCGUCUCUAUAUUCUCCGCCGUUGCGCCACCAUGCUUUGCUGCUGGUACAUCCAUGGCGAUGAAUAGAGAGAGCUCUUUGAGUUCUCAUUCAAAUGAACCCCCUACAUAUAACUCUAGAUAUGUAUAUAUAUUCCGCUCCUCCCAUCUCUUCUUCUUGAAGCUCCGUUAUAAUGCUGAAGAUCUUUGUUGGUGUUGUUGGCUUGCAUGGCAUGAUCCUUCUCCACGAAAUUUUGAUUCUCUCUCUUCUAUUGAUGCAAAACCCUGAAAACUUUGGUUUUUUUUUGUAACCUAAAGAAUCAAUCUUCUGGUUAUUUUUUUUGUUAUUUUGCAUCAACCAAAAGAGAGAUACUUCAUCCGCAGACUGAGGUGGCGGAGUUUUUGUUUUUGAAACAAAUGGAGAGAGAGACGCCAUGGAUGGUGUUAUGUGACAAAAGGAGCUCAUACUAUGAAAUCUUCAGGAUGUUAUGGGUUUAGUUUCAUUUUAAACAAAGAAGUCUCUUUUGGUUUCAUCUUAUAUAUGUCAUAAGAAUCUUCUUGUGUGAUCUUUGCCUCUGGUUGUAACCAAUGAAAAAAUUGUAUGUAAGAGUAAUAAAAACUUUAUUUUGGAAA